GCGUUACAAUGACCACCAAACCACACCCCACCUCACCUCAGUGCAGAACACCGUCUCUCGCCACUGCCACCACCAUCGCCGCAAAUCACCACCAGCACUGUUGCAUCCUCACAGCUUCCCAGGUUGCUAAUCUUGGUGAAAGUGUGAUAGGUGUUUCCCUCCAAGAGAAAGAAGGAUUCCGAUGGGGACAUGCAGUGACACUCUUCAAGCUAGACAAAAUUUAUCAACUAGUUUAUGCUGGGAUGCUGAAGUCCUUGGAACAACCACGAAUAGUACGACUAGGUAAUUAUUAUUUCUUUUUGUUCAAAAGUGUAUAUAUUUAAUUGAUAUUUUGAACCAUUUGAAUUUGAGGUGUUGAAUUUUUUCAAACAAUGCCUUGAUGGAACUCUCUCGCCGGAGCUUGUGAAAGGAAAAAUUGUUUUGUGUUUAAGUGGGUAUUCAUAUAAUAUUGAGAAAGGCU